AGGCCAUCACUCAGUCCCCGAACACCGUGACCGAGGACAUUUAUACCAACGGCUCAGCUACUCUGGGCAGCCCCUCCCACAGCAAUGGCCGGGAGGUGCGGAAGAUCCGCCUCAUCCAGUUCGAGAAGGUCACGGAGGAGCCCAUGGGAAUCACGCUGAAGCUCAACGACAAGCAGAGCUGCAUGGUGGCCAGGAUCUUCCAUGGGGGCAUGAUUCACAGACAAGGCUCUCUUCACGUGGGUGAUGAAAUCCUAGAAAUCAAUGGGCAGAGUGUGAACAACCACUCAGUUGACCAGCUGCAGAAGAUGCUGAAAGAAACCAAGGGGAUGGUGUCAAUAAAAGUCAUUCCCAACCAACAAAGCCGCCUCCCUGCUCUCCAGAUGUUCAUGAGGGCGCAGUUUGACUACGACCCCAAAAAAGACAACCUGAUCCCCUGCAAGGAAGCGGGGCUGAAGUUUCAGACCGGCGACGUGAUUCAGAUCAUAAACAAGGACGACAGCAACUGGUGGCAGGGCCGGGUGGAGGGCUCCUGCACCGAGUCGGCGGGACUCAUCCCUUCUCCGGAGCUGCAGGAGUGGCGUGUGGCGAGCGUCACCCAGUCCAGCCAGAGCGAAUCCCCGAGCUGUAGCCCCUUUGGGAAGAAGAAGAAGUGCAAAGAUAAAUACCUGGCCAAGCACAGCUCAAUUUUUGACCAGCUGGAUGUGGUUUCCUACGAGGAGGUGGUGAGGCUGCCUGCCUUCAAGAGGAAGACUCUGGUGCUCAUCGGAGCCAGCGGUGUGGGCCGUAGCCACAUCAAGAACGCUCUGCUCAGCAAUAACCCGGAUAAGUUCAUGUACCCACCCCCAUACACCACACGCCCCCAGAAGAAGAAUGAGGUGGACGGGAAGGACUACUACUUUGUUUCCACCGAGGAGAUGACCCGGGACAUCUCAGCCAACGAGUUCCUGGAGUUUGGAAGCUACCAGGGAAACAUGUUUGGCACCAAGUUUGAAACAGUGCACAAGAUCCACCAGCAGGACAAAGUCGCUAUUUUGGACAUCGAGCCCCAGACCCUGAAGAUUGUCCGCACGGCUGAGCUCUCCCCAUUCAUAGUCUUCAUCGCCCCAACAGACAAGGCAGAGGAGUCAGAGGCGCUGCAGCAGCUCCGGAAGGAUUCCGAGAGCAUCCGGAGCCGAUACGCACACUACUUUGACCUCUCGCUGGUCAACAACGGGGUGGAAGAAAGCCUCCAGCUGCUGGAGGAAGCCUUUGAGCAGGCCUGCAGCUCUCCACAGUGGGUGCCCGUCUCCUGGGUCUACUGAGAGGGCAUCCAACCCCAGCCGCUUCCCAUCAACCAUCCUGCAGCCAUGAGGAGAAACCUCCUCCUCAGCUUCCCCCGAUCCACACACAGCCAAGCACAACUCCCUUCCUCUGCUGCUCCACGGACAUGGUCUUGAGUUGGUUGACACACACGCACAGGGUCUCUGGAUCUCCUCUCCCUGGGGGACAAAGGAAAGGGGCUGCCCAGGGGACAGCCACCUCCAGCAGAGGCUGGGGCACCCCAAUAGCUCAGAGCACAGCUCCCCACCUUGCCAGGCAAGGAAAAGCACAGUCCUCAGCCAAUCUUCUCCACAUCAGUCCCAAGGAAAGUGGUAGAGCAGGGGCUUUCCAGGCAGAUGUCCUCUGCCAUGGCAGGAGGACAUACAUCACCAUAAACACCUCAAAAGCCUGGCUGGUGCCCGUGAGGCUUCACACACACCACACCAGGGCUCCUACAUCCAAGGGUUUCCCCUCACAAAUGGGAAGAGCAAGACUGGAUGUGACAAAGGCGGCAUGGAGCAUGCCACCCCCCCACACCCCAGGCAGGUCCCAUCCCAUGUUCUGAAGUUGGAGUGUUCCUGAUUCACCCUGUGCAACUGUAGUUGUUGAAAAACCAAAACUCACCGUAUUUAAAUUCUCACCGUGCAGCUUGGAUUGUUGCUGUCUGGCCGGAGACCCUCGGCAGCAGCUGAGGGAAGUCCCACGGACCAAACACCAGAGGGACAGUUCCAUGGGUAAAUUAGAUGCAGCCACACGUGUUUGUUGCAUGCAGUAGAAACAGCAUCUCUACAAAGAUCAUCCCAGGCAUGUCUUUCCAGAGUCUAGGGUGUCUGGCACACUGUAUGCAAACAUCAAUAAGCCACCCACACCAAGGGGGUUCCUUCUUCUGACACACAAACUCCACCACAACCAUGUUCGGGAAGCAUCACCAUGGCUCCCGGGCAAGCCAUAGCCAUCCUUUAGGUGAAAGAAUCUCAUUUGUGUGUUCAGCAGUCAGCAAGGGGAAAGGGAAUAAGAAGUCUUGUGCAAUUAUUAUUUUUUUUUUUUUUUAAG